ACACUCAUCAGGCUUCUCAAGUCGAUCAGUAGUGCGAAUAGGUAGUUCUUCUUGUAUGUUGAAUACAGUCGCGCGCAAAUUAGAUUAAUUAGAAUAAUCGAAGGCACGAUGAUGCCACACAUAUUAAAUAGACUACUGCUGGCCACCAGAAAUCGUUGCCGAAAAGUGCCUAACAGAGAAUUCUUUUAUUGGUUAACCAUAAUAUUUAACAGGGUUGACCGAGAAAGAAUUCAAUUGGUUGGGCCAGACCGUGCGUGUGCCGAGUGGCUCUUAAAGAACGGUGCCAGUGUUAGAUGGAAAGGUUUCUCUAAACAAUUGGAAGAUUAUAAUAAAUUACCAUCGGAAGAAAAUCGAUGUUACAUUCAAGCGGUAGACGCUACAGACUCUGGAAUAACACAUGUAGGAUUUCCGUAUUUUGUUGGUUGCAGGUAUAUCGACGAGAUAAAACUCAUACGUUGUAUUUACAUACAUAACACUGCUUUACCAUUGUUGUCAGCAGUGAAGGAUACCCUGACUACUCUUGAAAUCAAAGAUUGUAAGAGUGUAACCGAUCAAGGAGUGCGUAGUUUGAAAAAUCUCAAAAAUCUGAAGUCUCUGAAGCUUGCUGGUAUGCCAUAUCUAGAAGAUAAAGCUUCACUUAGGAGAGAGCUUGCAGAUGCUCUGCCAAAUUGCACAAUAGAAUUGGAGUAAAUUGUAUGAAACGUCUCAAUAUAGUAGCACCUCGAUAUAGUA